GGCUGGCAGGGCAACACGCUCAACUUUCUGUUCCAGGCUUUCGAAACGAUCCAAAAAGUUUUUUAUUGACUUGGAGAAAAGGGGACAGAGAGAGAGGAGGAGACCAAGAGGAAGAAGACAAAGAUAAAGUACAACUAAAACCUUAGACUUCCUCAGGAGCAGGGGAACAGGUGGGCUAAACUGAAAUAAACGGUGUGUUGAAGCUGGAGGCAGGGUGCCUCAUGGAUUUGAGGAUGCAGCGAGAGGAGGCAUCAGCUCAGGAAGUGUUCAGCUAUGCCCAGAUGUCCACCCUGGAGAGAAACAGUGGUGUAGGAACGCUGAGUCGGCAUCUGGAGCGCGAGCGAUUGGAGAGAGACGGCUACACAGUGGAUGUCAGAGCCAGUGACCUCCAGCUGGAUCAGCCCGGCCCGUUACAUCCCUGCUUCAGCUACAGAGUCUGGCUUUACAGCGUGGUUGUAGGGAGCAGCUUGCUGAUAGCAUCGGCUUUCUCGCUCUACAUGGGUAAUGUGUUUCCUGCUGCAAUGGAUUACCUGCGCUGUACUGCUGGAUCUAGUAUACCAGCAGCAGUGGUGAGCUUCGCCAUUGCCAAGAACAGACAAGUCGCAGUCUCAGACUUUCAGCUGGUCUACGUGUCUUCAUUUGCUGUGACAACCACGUGUCUGGUGUGGUUUGGCUGUAAACUUGCCAUCAGUCCUUCAGCCAUCAAUAUUAACUUUAACCUGCUCCUGCUUAUUGUGCUGGAAGUGCUCACCGCCAGUACUGUUAUUUUGUCAGCGCGUUCAGUGGACGACUGCUGCAGUCACAGCAAGCUGGUGUCUGAAGGCCCCAUGAUUGUGACCCAAACAUCGUUCCCCGCUCGUCUUCUCAAGGCCUUCGCCGUGAUUGAGCUCAUAGUAGGCAUCGCCGCAGUUUUUGGAGGAAUUAUUGCCCUUAAUUUGGGCGCUCUUCUCCCCGAGCCUUACCUUUCUGUCACCUUCUUCUGGAUUCUGGCAGCGUGUUUCCCCAGUGCCAUCGCCAGCCAUGUGGUGGCAGAAAAUCCCAACAAAAGUCUGGUGGAAAUGCUGAUUGCUAUAAGUAGUGUGACUUCGCCACUGCUCUUCUCAGCCUCUGCAUUCUUGUCCAGCAGUGUGAUUAGUUUUAUUGAGAUCUUUCUGCAGGAAGUAGCAUUAGCCAAGCAGUCAUAUGAUAUCCUGUUGUUGGUCCUGAUGCUGCUGCUGCUGGUGCCAGCAGUGCUGACUUUAGCCACUGUUGUACAGUGCGCUUCCUACAAGAGCCAGAUCCGCAUGGGUGCUAACGGAUGGGACACACUGCACAAAAAACACUCUGAGCAACUGGCAUCAAAUGGCACAUUAAGGGAUUUUGACAAAGAAAAGGCCUGGAAGGCGGUGGUGGUCCAGAUGGCCCAGUGACCAAAGUCGCUCGAAGGAAAAGCAGAGAGAAAGAAAGCGAAUGUACAAAUAUAGAAGAUGAGAAUGUCUGUUGGAAAAGAAACAUCUUCUUUUUUUUGGUAUGCAACAUAAAGUUCUGUGUAAGCUGUCAGCUCUCGUAUUUAUGAGCAAUUCACCGCCGUUUAAAAGUUUGGGGUCAAAUCGUUUUUAAUUAUUACUUUAUUUUAUAAAUAAAAUAAAGUUUACACUUUUAUUUGACAAAGAUGCAUUAAAUAUAUCAAAAUUGAAAGCAAGGACUUGUUUACAUUGUUAGGAAAAAAUACUAUUCUGAAAAUAUCCUGUCCUUCUGAGUUUUGAUUUUUGAGUUUCUGCACUACAAGAGAAGAAUGUCUUCAACAAUAAUAGUAAUAAGAAAUAAUAGUAAUGAGACAUUUUUCUUGGAGUAAUGAUGCUAAAACUUCAGCUUUGCAUCACAGGAAUAAAUUACGUGUUACAUAUAUUACAAUAAAAAGAUUAUUUAAAAUUGAUAUUUCACAAUAUCAAAUAAACGUAACUUUGGUCAGACUUCAUACAAAACCAUAAAAAUCCCAAACUCCAGACAUUUGAACGGUGUUGAAUAUCUAUCAAAUUUAUUUCUGAAUGACAGUCUAGCAAAGAAAAGAGCAAACAAGUGGAUUUUAAAACAUUUUUUUGUAAUCUGUUUGUAAACUUGUGUCUCACAAUCAUGAAUUUAGUCUGAAAUGAUAGAAUGAAUGGCUGAGCAAGUUAAUAUGCAACUCAAUGGUGAUCACGCCUUGCAUGUACAAUCCACAGCACUUUUAAUGUGUUAUCAAGAGGUUGGAACAGUAGGGGACCUAAUAUAUGAUGAGUUUAAUAAUUCUAACCCACUUUUAAUGGACCAUAUUGCUGUUCACUACCUUGCUGUAUGCAACCAUUCUUACUUUCUUAGAUUUUAUUUUUGUAUAAAUAUAUAUGUGUCUUGUGAUGUUUUUUGUAGAUCAAUAAAGUUUUGAAGAGUG